CAGUGGGGAGGAAGGCGGAGAUGAGAGGGGCAGACGGCUGGACGUUAGCAUGACGGCGCCCCGGCUGGAUUCUGAGGAGGUGACGGUCAGCCAGCUCCUCCAUUCCCUGAGGAACGAGACCCACAAGGUGGAGCAGCUCCAAACUGAGCUCCGGGUUUCUAAGGCCUGUAUCAUUGAGCUGGAGAAGAAGAAGACUUGUACAGAAAAGACUUCACAGACGUCCCUCCAGCCAGAGGCUGCAGAGACAGAGAAGACACAGCAGGAGAAUUCUGGGAAGGAAGAGAAGGAGGUGUCCGAGGUGGAGAACCUGAGGGAGCAGAUGAUGACCCUGUUUAAAGAACUACAGCAGGCUCAGAGCAAACUGUAUGAAGCCGAGGACAUGAAGAAAAACCUGCAGGACAGAUGCCGGGAUGUGGAGCAGGACAUGGCAACUCUGCGGACUCAGUUGUCGGACAAGCAGGCGGUGCAGAGCGAGAACGACAGGUUGAAGCUUCAGCUGGACAGCAUGCAGGCCCAGGGCCAGCUGGAACAGAGGAAGUCAGAGGAGGAGAGGAACAACCUGGCGCAGCUGAAGGAUGCCUACACCAAGCUCUUUGAGGACUACAACGAGCUCAAAGAGGAGAAGAAGAAGAGAGAGUCUGAGUUGAUGCCGAAGGAGAUGGUGGACAACCUGCAGACACGGCUGGAGUCGGCAGAGCAGGCUCUGGCUACGAAACAGGAGCGCAUCGACGGCAUGAAGCAAGAGAUCUACCAGAAGGAGAAGGAGCUCGAGACCAUCUCAGUCUUCCAGGCCCAGGCGGAGGUGUACUCGUCAGAUUUCUAUGCCGAGCGCGCCGCCCGGGAGAAGAUCCACGAGGAGAAGGAGCGCCUGGCCGCUCAGCUGGAGUUCGUGAAGAAGCAGAACAGCCAGCUGCAGGAAGAGAUGGAGUCACUGGGCAGGCAGUCGCUGAACGAGAUGCAAAGGAGGCACGUGUCACGGGGAGGCAAUCCACAAGGGGGCGCCAGUGCUCAGGGUGGAAGAGGCGGUGACGGCAGGGACUGGCAGCAGCAGGUGAAUAUCCCAGAACACGCCUGCCCCAAAUGUAAUGAGAUCCUACCAGACAUGGACAGCCUGCAGAUCCACAUCAUGGACUGCAUCAUUUAAACCUCCACCGUGAUAAUCAUCCGCAGCAGUUGACUACAGACAACAACAUCUGCAGUAGCACCUUAACCUUGAGUCUUCCCCUGCUUGGAAAUGCAUCUUUGACCGACAUGGUAACGGUUUAUAAUCCCAUUUAAAAUGAUGCUGUUAUAGAGUAGCUGACUAAUAGGGUAUGCAGGUGGGGUGUCCCGUAUCUCUCUGAAGGUCACGUCAACAGGACUCGUGGGUGUUGGGAGGGUUCGAACCUGUUUGAAUUAAAGGGCAGUCUCCUUAACUGCCUAGCAAGUCUGUUAUAGGUAUUCAGUUGGUUUGUCUUUCAAUAUGUUUGACGGCAUUGAAAUACAGACAAGACGGGGCGAGUGUUCGGGGCUGAUCCGCUGACAGGGAGCAAUAAGCAGUAGAAGUGGAGCAGGACUGUUUGUUGAGUGUGUAAAUCUCGUCUCUGGGUGUACUUACACUAUAUCACACAUAAAUACAGUAAAAACAGCCAAAGUUCAGCCUUUUUUUUUUUCUUCUCAAGUUAAAUCUGAGUCAACCAGCUGGUGAAACGUCUCUGUGUGUGUGGAGCUGUCUUUCUUUAUCCUUUCAAUCAGAAAAUUCCCUUUUUGAGUUUUUAAAUGGUUCUCAUUUGUUGUCAGUAAAGUUGAAUUUCAGGUUGACAGUUUCUCUAAAAUGAGGGCGUAUGCAAAACGUUUGCACAUUAAUUCUGGGACGUAAUCUGGUUUAUUUACUCAGAUGAUACCUGGUGAUAUGUUUAUUAUAAAGAUUAGACAAGAUAAUCAGUUACGUUAAGCAGCAGUCUCUGUAGUAUGUGCAGGAGACUGGCAUCUGUUGCCUGCAUGUCGGCGAAAACUUCCGCCUAAUCCUCUUUGUAAUGUACACAAGCCACUCCAAUCCAUGCACCAGUUAAUUAAAGAAAUAAAAUUUGUUUGCAAAUA